AUGUGCUUCUUCGUGUGUCACGAAAUUCCAAAAAGGGAGAGAGACGACUCCAGCGGCGUCCGAUUGAUGCACCGGGACACGAAAGCUACAAAGGAAAAUGUUCCCGAAUUCGUCUCAACAGCCGUAAACGACGAUCUUCUCGACUACGCUGAGCUGCAGGACACCCACUACGAAUCGCUAUUCACGAAACUGAGAAAACUCGAGGACCUCAAUCAAGAAUGGACCACCCUCAUGACCAAAGACCCCAACGAAGUAAUCAUCUUCCACGACUUCAUCUCCAAGUAUGGCGAUUACCGCGAUGACAUACAGAAAGCAAUCAAAGCACUACAACAAAUCGACAGCAGUGGGACUCUCAUGCAAGAGGAACUAGAAAAAAGAGGAAUCGCUCACACUUUCAACGCGUACUCGACUCCACAUCCACAAGACAACAGUAACGUCUUCCACGAAAGAAGCAAAAUGCUAAAACAAAGCGCCUCCGCCUAUCCAUACCACGAAGGACUCCAGCCUCCACCGACGUCCACCUAUCCCCCACUACUCCCUUCGACCGCGUACCUCCACACGAUCUCUCCGAAUGCCUUCAAUCAACCAUUCUCUUCAACCAUCUAUUCUCUAUCUCCUUCGUCGACUACCCAUCCCAACGCCACUCAUCCCACGAUUCAACAGGAAACACAAAACCUCAACUACUUCGACGCGUCGCUGCUCACCCGUCUCGACCUCCCUUCAUUCACAGGGAAUCUCCUAGAAUUCCCAGAAUUUUGGGCUCGAUACCACGCCCUCAUCCAUUCCAAGUCAACACUAUCAGGAGCAACCGAAUUCUCCCUCCUGAAAAGCUGUCUCAAAGGACGAGCUCUUCAAACGAUUGAUGGCCUUCCAGUCACCGAUGACAACUACGCAAUAGCCAUCGAUAUCCUGCUCGCUACUUACGACAACCCGUCCACCCUGCGCCAUCUGAUCUAUACGCAGUUGUCGAGUCUUCCGCAGUGCGACCCAGAUGGCAAACAACUACAAGACCUCUACUUGAGAAUGCUUCAACUCGUACGACAGUACACCGUGAUCACGCCAUAUUCACCCGAGUUCGCACUAGGAGCACUAUUGUACAACAAACUUCCGCGUUUCGUCAGAGCAAGAAUUUACGACAUGACGGACAAAAGAACCUGA